CUUUUUGAUUUUGAAUGAGGAAGAUCGACCGGAGAAAGCCUCUGCUGAGUAGAAAAUCCACAGCUGACAAGCAUCGUCCACUUAUUUCAGACUAAGUUUAGCUAGACUGGUGUUGCUUGUUUAUAAUCGCAAUGGCAGACAUCCACAGCAAAUACCGUAGCCCUCUCACCAGCCGAUAUGCCAGCCCGGAAAUGGCUUACAACUUCUCUGAUAUGAAGAAAUUCUCCACCUGGAGGAGGCUCUGGCUGUAUUUGGCUCAAGUCGAGAAGGAACUGGGCUUGAACAUUACCGAUGAGCAGCUCACGGAGAUGGAGGCAAACUUAGAGAAUAUCGACUUUGCAGCAGCUGCUGCUGAGGAGAAGAAGUGCCGUCAUGAUGUCAUGGCCCAUGUGAAGACGUUUGGCAUGUGCUGCCCCAGCGCUAGCGGUAUCAUUCACCUCGGUGCCACGUCAUGCUACGUGGGCGACAACACGGAUCUCAUUGUCAUGAGAGAUGGACUGGACAUUUUGCUACCAAAGGUUGCACGCUGUAUUGAUCGUCUGUCACGUUUCGCCGAGGAGCACCGGAAUCUGCCCACAUUGGGCUACACUCACUUCCAGCCUGCUCAGCUGACAACGGUGGGCAAGCGCGCUUGCCUGUGGCUGCAGGACAUGGUCACCGACCUGGCCAAUCUUGAGCGUGCCCGCAAGUCUCUGCGCUUCCGUGGCGUCAAGGGCACCACCGGUACGCAGGCCAGUUUCCUGCAGCUCUUCGAGGGCGACCAUGAUAAGGUUGAGAAGCUCGACGUUGGAGUGACCGCCAAGGCCGGGUUUGAGCGAGCCUACAUCAUCACUGGUCAAACAUACCCCAGGAAAGUGGAUCUUGCUGUCCUGUCUGACCUAGCCAGUCUGGGAUCGUCCAUUCACAAGAUGGCCACAGAUAUCCGACUCUUGGCCAACCACAAAGAAAUCGAAGAGCCGUUCGAGAAGGAUCAGAUUGGUUCCAGCGCCAUGGCGUACAAGCGCAAUCCCAUGCGCAGCGAGCGCUGCUGCAGUCUGGCGCGGCACUUGAUGGCACUCGUAGCCAACGCGCAGCAGACCAAUGCCACUCAGUGGCUGGAGAGGACGCUGGACGACAGUGCCAACAGGCGUAUCAGUAUUCCAGAAGCUUUCUUGACCGCCGAUGUGCUCCUCAGCACCCUGCAGAAUGUCUGUGAAGGUCUGGUGGUUUACCCAAAGGUGAUUGAGAGGCAUGUGCUGCAGGAAUUGCCCUUCAUGGCAACGGAGAGCAUCAUCAUGGAGAUGGUCAAGACCGGAGCAAGUCGACAGGAAUGUCACGAACAGAUCCGCGUUCUCUCUCAGGAGGCAGCCGCCCAGGUCAAGCAGCACGGCAAAGACAAUGACCUGGUGGAGCGUAUCCGCAGCAGUGAAUACUUUGCACCCGUCCUGCCCCGGCUCGAUGCCAUUCUAGACCCAGUGACGUUCACGGGCCGGGCAAAGGAACAGGUGGAACGCUUCCUGAGCGAAGAAGUACGGCCUUGUCUUGAGCCGUACCGCAAGCAGCUCGAUGGUACCGUCACACUGAACAUCUGAUGGAACCGUCACACUGAACAUCUGAUGGAACCGUCACACUGAACAUCUGAUGGAACCGUCACACUGAACAUCUGAUGGAACCGUCACACUGAACAUCUGAUGGAACCGUCACACUGAACAUCUGAUGGUACCGUCACACUGAACAUCUGAUGGUACCGUCACACUGAACAUCUGAUGGAACCGUCACACUGAACAUCUGAUGGAACCGUACUUGCUGGAUUGAUGAAAGUACCUUCUCGGACUUGAUGGAGUUAUAUUUCAACUUGAGUUACAAAUUCAUCUUUAUCAGGGUGCGUGCUUGCACGGGUUGUUCCCUGAUCGAUAUCAUGUACAUUGUAGAUAGCUCCCUGCCAUUGGGCUGUGCCCAUUAUCAGCUUUACCACAGUAAUUGACUAAUUGUAUCCUUGGGGGUUUCCCUUUCCCAACUGUUAGCUAUUUCCGUGCUCAUUGUAACUGGUUUGCUAUGAAAACGUCAUUCUCAGAUUUUCCUUCAA